AUUGACUUCAAGAUAAUAAAUCUUACUUGUUCAAUGAUCAGUUGGUAGUAUUUAUUUAUCAAACAUCCUGCAAAGUAAAAUUAAUUGUGCCUGUACACAUGCAUUUACAAAAAGACACGAACACUCAGCCAAAUCAUAAAUUGGUUUGACAUGUGACUGAUCUUGUUGUUUAUGGCACACACUAUUGGAACUUAAAUCAUAAGGCAAGAGGCUAAAUUUUCUUCAUAUAGAGCAUUAAGAUUUACAAUUUUCAUUAUUAUACUACGAAAGUAAGCAUAACCUCAUUAAAAUGUCUUAGACGUUUAACCUAUAUUUCACUCUACAAGUAUAAACAGCCGACCUUUGUGAAUAUAUUUUAUGGCUAUUAUCAAGCAAAAAAUGCUUCAUAAGUAUAAAUCAAUUGAAGCCUUAUUACAAGUUGAACGUAUCGUAUCCUGCAACAGGAUGUCAAAAACUGUUUGAAAUCUCCGAUGAACAUAAGCUGAGAAUUUUUUAUGAAAAGCGUAUGGGCGCAGAAGUAGAGGCCGAUGCUCUCGGUAACGAAUGGAAGGGAUAUGUCGUUCGUAUCUCCGGCGGCAAUGAUAAACAAGGAUUUCCUAUGAAACAGGGCGUUCUGACUAAUGGGCGCGUACGUUUAUUGCUCUCAAAAGGACAUUCAUGCUACAGACCUAGACGUGAUGGUGAGCGUAAACGUAAUUCUGUCCAUGGAUGCAUAAUCGAUUCCAACCUUUCAGUACUCGCUCUCGUCAUUGUCAAAAAAGGAGAAAAGGAUAUCCCGGAUUUAACUGACAAGGAAGUCCCACGCCGUUUAGGACCCAAGAGAGCGAGCAAAAUUCGCAAACUAUUUAACUUAUCGAAGGAAGAUGAUGUCCGUCGAUUCGUUGUGAAACGACCAAUUCAAAAAGAGAGCAAACCACAGCGGUCGAAAGCCCCUAAAAUUCAACGUCUUAUUACCCCACUUACACUCCAGAGAAAGAGGCAUAGACUGGCUCUAAAGACGAAGCGUUGCUUGGCUCGCAAGCAACAAGCAGCAGAAUAUGCGAAGCUGUUAGCACAACGGCAAAAGGAAGCUAAGAAUAGACAUCAAGAAGAACUAAAGCGAAGACGUAGUGCUUCUAUACGAGAUUCCAAAUCGGGCAGUCAGUCUGCACCCGCCAUUCAAAAGUAAAAGACUGCAAUGAUACCGUCCAAUACACUAUGAAACUAACAAAUUGUGUACAAAUAUGUUGUAUAUAAACCUAUUAAAUAUUAGCUGUAUAUAAGCCUAAUAAAUAUUUAUAUUUUUUUUGUAA